GUUGACCGGUCGCUGGUCCGGGGCAGGGGUCGUCGCGCGUGCGGUCGGCUCCCACAGGCCCCGAGAGCGCGGACGGCUGCAGCUCACCCUGGAACCCCCCGGCGAGCCCCGGCUCCGCCCGGCCAUGCCCGCCGGGAACAACGAGCCGGACGGCGUCCUCAGCUACCAGAGACCAGAUGAGGAAGCUGUGGUGGAUCAGGGUGGGACCAGCUCAAUCCUCAACAUUCAUUAUGAGAAAGAAGAGUUGGAAGGUCACAGAACUCUGUAUGUCGGGGUUCGGAUGCCGCUGGGCCGGCAGAGCCAUCGGCACCACCGCACCCAUGGCCAGAAGCACCGGAGACGAGGCGGGCGGGGCAAAGGAGCCAGCCAGGGCGAGGAGGGCUUGGAAGCCUUGGCCCACGACACCCCGUCUCAGCGCGUUCAGUUCAUUCUCGGCACCGAGGACGAUGAAGACCACGUGCCUCACGAGCUGUUCACAGAGCUGGAUGAGAUAUGCCUGAAGGAGGGAGAAGAUGCCGAGUGGAAGGAGACAGCCAGGUGGCUGAAGUUUGAGGAGGACGUUGAAGAUGGGGGAGAGCGCUGGAGCAAGCCCUAUGUGGCGACCCUCUCUCUGCACAGCCUGUUUGAGCUCAGGAGCUGCCUCAUCAAUGGCACUGUGCUGCUGGACAUGCGUGCAAGCAGCAUAGAGGAGAUUUCAGACCUGAUACUGGACCAGCAGGAGCUGUUCAGCGACCUGAGCGACAGCAUGCGGGUGAAGGUGCGGGAAGCCCUUCUCAAAAAGCACCACCAUCAGAACGAGAAGCGGAGGAACAAUCUCAUCCCCAUAGUGCGCUCCUUCGCCGAGGUCGGCAAGAAGCAGUCCGACCCGCACUCCAUGGACAGAGACGGGCAAACUGUGUCUCCUCAGUCUGCUCCAGCUACAAACCUGGAGGUGAAAAAUGGAGUGAAUAGUGAACACAGCCCUGUGGAUCUAAGCAAGGUGGACCUUCAUUUCAUGAAGAAGAUUCCCACGGGGGCCGAGGCCUCCAACGUCCUGGUCGGGGAGGUGGACAGUCUGGACCGGCCCAUCGUUGCCUUUGUGAGGCUCUCCCCGGCUGUGCUCCUCUCGGGCCUCACAGAGGUGCCCAUCCCGACCAGAUUUUUGUUUAUCCUGUUGGGACCAGUAGGAAAAGGUCAGCAGUACCACGAAAUCGGCAGAUCCAUGGCCACCAUCAUGACGGAUGAGAUUUUUCAUGAUGUAGCAUAUAAAGCAAAGGAGCGAGAUGACCUCCUGGCAGGGAUUGAUGAGUUCCUGGACCAGGUGACCGUGCUGCCCCCCGGGGAGUGGGACCCAUCCAUUAGAAUCGAGCCACCCAAGAACGUCCCUUCCCAGGAAAAAAGGAAAAUGCCUGGAGUUCCAAAUGGAAACAUUUGCCACAUAGAACCAGAGCCACAUGGGGGACACAGUGGGCCAGAACUGGAGCGGACUGGGCGGCUGUUUGGGGGCUUGGUGCUGGACGUCAAGCGGAAGGCGCCCUGGUACUGGAGUGACUUCCGGGACGCGCUGAGCCUGCAGUGUCUGGCCUCCUUCUUGUUCCUGUACUGCGCCUGCAUGUCGCCUGUUAUCACCUUUGGGGGACUGCUGGGAGAAGCCACUGAAGGACGCAUAAGUGCGAUCGAGUCCUUAUUUGGAGCAUCCAUGACUGGGAUCGCCUACUCUCUGUUCGCUGGGCAGCCUCUCACCAUCCUGGGGAGCACUGGGCCCGUGCUGGUGUUUGAAAAGAUUUUGUUCAAGUUCUGCAAGGACUACGCCCUCUCCUACCUGUCCUUGCGCGCCUGCAUUGGGCUGUGGACCGCCUUCCUGUGCAUCGUCCUUGUGGCAACCGACGCCAGUUCCCUCGUCUGCUACAUCACCCGCUUCACCGAGGAAGCCUUUGCCUCCCUGAUUUGCAUCAUUUUCAUCUAUGAAGCGAUAGAGAAGCUGAUUCACCUGGCGGAGGUCUACCCCAUCCACAUGCACAGCCAGCUGGACCACCUCAGCCUCUACUACUGCAGGUGCGCGCUCCCGGAGAACCCCAGCAACCACACCCUGCAGUACUGGAAGGACCACAGUGUCGUCGCUGCAGAAGUCAACUGGGCAAACCUGACCGUCAGCGAGUGCCAGGAGCUGCAUGGAGAGUUCGUGGGGUCUGCCUGUGGCCAUCAUGGACCCUACACUCCAGAUGUGCUCUUCUGGUCCUGUAUCCUCUUCUUUACCACCUUCAUCCUCUCAAGCACCCUGAAGACGUUCAAGACAAGCCGCUAUUUCCCAACCAGGGUUCGCUCCAUGGUGAGUGACUUUGCCGUCUUCCUCACCAUCUUCACCAUGGUCGUCAUUGACUUCUUGAUUGGAGUCCCAUCACCAAAGCUUCAGGUUCCCAGUGUGUUCAAGCCAACACGAGAUGACCGGGGGUGGUUUGUUAACCCCGUUGGGCCCAACCCCUGGUGGACUGUGAUCGCCGCAGUGAUCCCGGCCCUCCUGUGCACGAUCCUGAUAUUCAUGGACCAGCAGAUCACGGCUGUAAUCAUCAACAGGAAGGAGCACAAGCUAAAGAAGGGCUGUGGCUACCAUCUGGACCUGCUGAUGGUGGCUGUCAUGCUGGGUGUCUGCUCUGUCAUGGGCCUGCCUUGGUUUGUGGCUGCCACCGUCCUGUCCAUCACACAUGUGAACAGCCUCAAGCUGGAAUCUGAGUGCGCUGCCCCGGGGGAGCAGCCGAAGUUCCUGGGCAUCCGAGAGCAGCGGGUCACAGGCCUCAUGAUCUUUGUGCUGAUGGGCUGCUCGGUCUUCAUGACAGCCGUGCUAAAGUUCAUCCCGAUGCCGGUGCUCUACGGAGUGUUCCUGUACAUGGGCGUCUCUUCUCUACAAGGGAUCCAGUUCUUUGAUCGCCUGAAGCUCUUCGGAAUGCCGGCAAAGCACCAGCCGGACUUCAUCUACCUGCGGCACGUGCCGCUGCGGAAAGUGCACCUGUUCACGCUCAUCCAGCUCACCUGCCUCGUCCUGCUGUGGGUCAUCAAGGCGUCGCCGGCCGCCAUCGUCUUCCCCAUGAUGGUCCUGGCCUUGGUCUUCGUCAGGAAAGUCAUGGAUCUCUGCUUCUCCAAGCGGGAGCUGAGCUGGCUGGACGACCUCAUGCCCGAGAACAAGAAGAAGAAGCUGGAUGACGCGGAGAAGGAGGCGAAGGAGGAGGAGGAGGCUGAGAAGAUGCUGGACAUCGCGGGUGAUAAGUUCCCCCUAGAAAGCAGGAAGUUGCUUAGUAGCCCUGGGAAGAGCAGCAGCCUCAGGUGUGACCCUUCUGAAAUUAAUAUAUCAGACGAAAUGCCCAAAACCACGGUCUGGAAGGCUCUCAGUAUAAAUUCUGGAAAUACAAAGGAAAAAAGCCUCUUCAACUGAGUCUCUGUGGGGUGGAAGAUGUGGGCCGUGAGGUGCCUCAGAGAAGUUCUGGUUUUCAAGAGAUGGUGACUGUCCGGGAAGAAGCCGGGCUCAGUCUGGACCUGUCUUGGUCAUCUCAAAGCCAUGCCGCACAGAAGCAUCUGGUCACUCUCGCUGUGCAUCUUGGAGGACGUCCGCUAUCCACGUACCAGCAGCCAAGCCCAGCGGGCUCCCCACCGGACCUCUGCCUGUUGCUUCCUUUCUCCUUUCUCUUCAGAACUGCCACCAUUAAGGAGCCAGCUUCCCAUUUGUCAGACAUUUUCUCUGAUGCUCUCUGCUGGCCUGGUAAGCCAUGGGGGUCCAUUCUGUCACUGAGGAUUCCAUCAUCAUUCCCUCUUCCUGAACGAUGGCGCAGGAUGAUGGCAGAGAAGCAGGAGAAGGGAUGGCUCGGGGCCUGUUGUUAGCUGCAGGCUCCUGAGCUGCCUGGGCCUCGGCGCCAUAUUCUGCUUGGGAAGAGGAUGGUGGACAGACCGACACACAGCACGUCUGCUACCCGAGCUCAGCCAUCUGGGUGUCGCAGUGGCCGCCACAGCAGCUGCCAGGUGUCUCAGCCUGGUGCCAUCCGUGUCUCUCUCGGAAGCAGUCAGCACCGCGUCCCGAGACCCUUGGAAGUGCAGGCUGUGUGCGGGAGCGAGAGUUCAGCUGAUGGACGGAAAGGCCCAGGGCAAGCCAGCGACAGUGGAGGAUGAGCGUCUUCUCCUGGGUUCCUUGGGAGCAGAGAAAGAGGAGCCUAAAUGCUAUGGAAAGGAUUGGCUUAGCUGCCAGGAGAGACUACCAGGCGCGAAGCUUUGUGACCAGGCCUGCUGUGCAGCUCUCUGGCUGAUUCAGCAACAGUUGUUCGAGGGGAGAAGUGGACCUGGGCUGCUGUUGCCGCCGCCCUGCUGCCAUCUCACGGCUGGGCUGUUCCUCCACUCUGGACAGACCCAAGUGCUCACGGACAUCUCUUUAGCUGCCUUAGUGAACACCUUCAUCACCACCAGGGACCAAAACUGCCCUCGGCUGCGUGGCUUCCUCAUCAUGGGUUCCUUUCGCUUGACACGAGUUCUGGGGCUCUGAUGUGAAGGCCACAGUGAGAAAGGGCCUGUAGGUGGUGGAGUGGGUUUGGCUGCUUAGUUUAAAAGUAUGUGUGUGAUUUUCUGCUCUGCUCCAGAACCGUCACCAAGGGCUCGGACCCCGGCUCUUAGCAGACCUCCGCUCCCUUUGUGCACAGAAUGUGCCUGGCGAGCUGUCACGCCAGCUCCCCAGCUGGGACAGGUUGUGCCGAGACCACACACACCGAGUACUUUCUUUCCCCAGGUGAGGAAGCGCUGCGUCUUCUGUCGCCGUCGGCUUCCCUCAGUGUGAGCACCCCCGAGGCAUCUGGGGUUGAAGGGACCUGCGCUGCAGGCCCCUCGCCCCCGACCCGUUAGCACCACGUUUUGAUGCACAGAUGAUUUUCAAGAUGUUGGACAAUUGUACAGGACAGACACAAGCCCCCCAGAACGGGCGUCUGUUAUGAGGCAGUGGUGGGCACCGCUGCUCGGUGCCCGUUGGGGGAACGCCACCCUGCCUUCAGAGCCUAAACUGAGCGUCUCUGAAACAUGGGCGUUGCUCCUGGUUUGAGCUCUUCUCACGAGAGAGCUCCAUCUCAGCAGCAGCUCUGGCCUGCUCUCAGGUAGCCAUCUGGAGCAGGCAUGUUUCUUAGAAAUUAGUGGGCACCAAAGUCUCCAAGAACCAAGGCUCCAGGGCACAACACUGAGGAUGGAUCUAAUCAUCGAAGCCCCUUGCCCACCCUGGAGUGGUUUAGAGGCAGAGGGUUUUUGUUGUUCUUGUUUGUUUGUUUUGAUAACUUCCGGCCCCUCCAGAAUCCUUCUUGAACUUCAUCCUUCUCAUUGCUUUCAUCCUCCGGGAAUACACUCUUUUCUUGCCCCAUCUUGUUCCUCCUGUACCUUCCUGCCACCUUUUGUGUAGAAGAAUCAGUGACUGCUUCACCCCCGGCCUGGCCUCAGUACUCCUGAAAGGCGUGUAACAGCUGUCGUGCAAGGAAGCUGGUGACUCGUCGCUGAGAAAAAUGGCUCUUCCCGAGUGCGCAGGGCCAGAGGGUGGAGGCCUGCCCGCCCCAGCUCUGAGCAGUGCAGCUGUGGGCUUCAUGCCCACAGCGGCGGGAAGCGGAGAAGCAGUCGCCUCUUCUACGACAAGGGCAGCUUUCAGACAUCUUGAGUGUUGCCGGUGUUGUCCUGACGUGCCAGGGACGUGCCAGGGAUGUCAGCUGCUGAUGUGAGCACAGUAGUGGGGGAGGGGGCUGCGCUCCAAGAACAUGUUUGGUGGGUGAAGCCUCGGCUCUAAGGGAAAAGAUGGAGGAUUCCUAAGUGGCAGGGCCGCUUCCUAGUGUCUGUCAGGGAAGGCUUGUCUAGAGAAAGGCAGAGACCUACAGAGAGGUACUGUACAAUUGCCAGAUGUGUUUGGUUGCGUAACAUACGUGUAACUUGGAAAGCUUUGUCAGGAGGCUUGGGGUUGUCCCACUCACAGCCCUUUCCUGAGUCUCCUCGAUCCUGAAACCCUGCCUUCAUGAUGAGGGAAAGUGAACCAUCAUCUCUCCAAAGGACAAUGUGAAUAGUCGUGAUUUCUCAUGGUUGGUGGUGGAGCAAACUAUUAAAUUACUCACAAAUGUUGGAUAAAAAUCUGGUGUCCACUAAGUCACCAGCCUGCCCCAAGGUUUGGGUUUCUUUCUGUCUUCGCUCUAGAGAGUCUGUGCUCUAUGCUCAUCCAAAAAAGGAUAGCUGCUAAUUCCCCUUAUCAUCCACCUGCUCAGCAAUCCAGACGUCCUUGUUGGUCAGGGAAGCAGCAAUUCCCCUUGUACCCUGUCUAGUGGUGGCAGCGUUGUGUUCUGAAGCUCAGGAGCUGGCUCGGUCCUGGCUCUCCUGGGUUUGUGGUCUCUUUAGUUUUUAAUGAGCUUCGUGGACACUGUCUUCCUGCCACUUCACCGUCAUCUCUGAAGAUGGUUUGCAAAAGCAGCAGUACCUGCUCCUAGGACUUUUGAUUUUACUUUAACUCACUUGUCUCCGUGUGUGCGUUUUGCCUGCCUGUGUGUCUUUGCACCGUGUGUCCCCAGCCCCUGAAGAGGUCAGGAGGGACUGGAGCCCCUGAACUGCAGCUGGGUGGCUGGGAGCCUCCGUGUGGGUGCCAGGACUUGAACUUCUUCACUGUUGAGCCGCCUCCCCAGCUCCCCGGGCCUUAAGCUGUGGGGU